UGGUCCAGUCUAACGAGGCUGAAGCUGGCUGUACAGGUGGGAUGAAAACUAUGAAUAAGAAGCUGUAACUUCACCUUCGCUCAAGCCUAUAGACUCACUCACCAGCUUUGCACUAAGCGCACCGAAGGCGUCCUCAGCAGGUUAUCAGCAUCAUGUCGGACAAGAGUGAGCUGAAGGCCGAAUUAGAGCGAAAGAAGCAGCGGCUUGCACAAAUCAGGGAAGAAAAGAAGAGAAAAGAAGAGGAACGCAAGAAGAAAGAGGCAGAGCAGCUGAAAGAACCCGUAACACUGCAGGAUGACUCUGAUCUGGAAAAGAAGAGGAGAGAGGCUGAAGCACUGCUGCAGAGCAUGGGAAUCACGUCUGAUGUCCCUGUGGUUCCUGCACCAAUGUCUCCCACUGCCAAAUCUGUGGGCACUCCGAGUGAGGCAGGUAGCCAGGACUCAGGCGAUGGCGCCACAGGACCCAGGACUCUCCACUGGGACUCUGAUCCUUCUACACUACUGCUUCACUCCGAGCUGGGGCGAGGCCCGGUGAAACUGGGCAUGGCAAAGGUGACCCAUGUGGACUUCCCUCCCAAAGAGGUGGUGUCCUACACCAAGGAGACUCAAACACCCACCAUGAGCGAGCAGAAAGAGGAGGAAGAGGAGGAAGAAGAAGAGCUAGCUCCUGCAGAGCCUGCAUCGGAGGUGGAGAAGGAGACUCCAGUGCAGAAGCAAGAGGAAGAAGCACCCCCUCAUGAGCUGACUGAGGAAGAGAAGCUGCAGAUCCUACACUCUGAGGAGUUCAUGGAUUUCUUUGACCACAGUACGCGCAUCAUUGAGAGAGCUCUGUCUGAACAUGUGGACGUUUUCUUUGACUACAGCGGCCGUGACCUAGAGGAGAAGGAGGGUGAGAUGCAGGCUGGAGCGAAGCUGUCUCUGAACAGACAGUUUAUGGAUGAGCGCUGGUCCAAGCACAGGGUGGUCACCUGCCUGGACUGGUCUCCACAGUAUCCUGAGCUACUGGUCGCCUCCUACAACAACAACGAGGAGGCUCCUCAUGAGCCUGAUGGAGUGGCUUUGGUCUGGAACAUGAAGUACAAGAAAACUACGCCAGAGUAUGUCUUCCACUGCCAGUCUGCAGUGAUGUCAGCAGCAUUUGUUAAAUUCCAUCCUAACCUGGUGGUAGGUGGUACAUACUCAGGACAGAUUGUGCUGUGGGACAAUAGGAGUAACAAACGGACCCCUGUCCAGAGGACCCCACUCUCAGCCUCUGCUCACACGCAUCCUGUUUAUUGUGUGAAUGUUGUCGGCACUCAAAAUGCUCACAACCUGAUCAGCAUCUCCACUGAUGGUAAAAUGUGCUCAUGGAGUCUGGACAUGUUGUCCCAGCCUCAGGACAGUAUGGAGUUGGUGUUUAAGCAGUCUAAGGCAGUGGCAGUCACCUCCAUGUCCUUCCCCCUGGGUGACGUCAAUAACUUUGUGGUAGGCAGUGAAGACGGAUCAGUCUACACAGCCUGUCGGCAUGGCAGUAAAGCAGGUAUCAGUGAGAUGUUUGAGGGUCACCAUGGACCAAUCACUGGUAUCCACUGCCACACAGCAGCUGGCCCUGUAGACUUCUCCCAUCUGUUCCUCACGUCUUCCUUUGACUGGACUGUCAAACUCUGGAGCACCAAGAAUAAUAAGCCUCUGUACUCGUUUGAGGAUAACUCUGACUACGUGUACGAUGUGAUGUGGUCUCCUGUUCACCCUGCUCUGUUUGCCUGUGUGGAUGGAGUCGGACAUCUGGACCUGUGGAACCUCAACAAUGACACAGAGGUCCCCACUGCAAGUAUUACAGUGGAAGGGACCCCUGCUCUGAACAGGCUGAGGUGGGCACAGUCAGGCCGGGAGAUUGCAGUGGGAGACUCUGAUGGACAGAUUCUCAUCUAUGAUGUUGGAGAACAGAUUGCUGUGCCACGGAACGAUGAGUGGACACGCUUUGUGAGGACACUGGCAGAGAUCAACGAAAACCGAGAUGACGCUGAGGAGCUGGCGGCCCAACGAAUCCCGUCCUAAUCAGCGCCAUUCCUGAAAACAGCUACAGGUUUUCAAUGCAAAAAAAUGCACCCCAUCCAGGCAUGAUGAUGGCAAUGUUAAUGUUUAUGAAGACCACUUCGAAAAUGUAGUACUAUGAUUUGCAAACUGGACUUGGAUUCUUCUGCCUUUUCUUUGGGUUUGAGUAAAGAAGCCAUGGUCAAAUAGUAAAAAACAUGAGACUGGACUAGUAUAUUCAGCUCAGAUAUCACCAGUGUUCCUCUCUCUUCCCCAGUACCAGAAGCCUUAAAGAUUGCAUGUAGAAAACCCAUAGAAAACAUGAAAGAAUGUUUCUUAGUUGGCCUCAAGGUACAUUCAGCUGAUUUCUGGUGUUAUUUACACAAGCUCCAUAAACCACCUAAUCAUUUUCAAACUAUACAGUCUUAUACUAUAAAUUCCAGAACUCUUGUUGACUGGAGUCUGAGUGUGUUUAUGAAUUCACUCUUGUCUUUUGUAAUUGAAAGUGUAAUCAGGACAUUAGUUUGAUACAUAGGGUUAGUCUGUUUUCCGUGCACUCUUCUGUGGCCCUGCCUGAAAGGCUGCAGAUGCCAUAGUGUUCCAGAGCAGUUUCAAACAGUGGCAUAUCAAAGUAUAGAUUUCACUUUAAACUUGGCUUUUGGGACAGUGACACCUGAUGUAUAAUCAUCCAUACAAAAAGAAACAGAUACCUGUGCAUUUGUUAUUUUUCUAUCUUUCACAAAAGGAAGCACUUGUUUGUUGUCUUACAAGAGAGCUUUUUUAACUUUUGCUAAAAGUUUCAGAGUGAAUUUAUGGACACCCUGGAUUUGCUUAGUCUCUCUGGGUAGCUAAGAUUAAGACUCACUGUCAGCUGCUAGUGCUACUCCAUCUCUGGCACUUAUUUGCUGGUUAUUGUCUUCUCAAUCAAUACUGAACCUGAAUCACAUAUUUAUUAUGUACAAUAAGAUGCUGUAUGAUUGUUAGCAGACUGCCGAAAUUUUUAAGCCAUUGUUUUUCAAAAACAGGCUCUUCUUCCAGCUUUACAAGUCUGUUUAUAACCUGUAUGAACCAAUAGCAUUUCUUCCACCUCUUUGAAUGUCUUUAUAUACCUCUAUAAAUUCCUCUUUCUAAACCUAAA